AGAUAAUCAUGGCAGAUGUUUGGAUAUCACAAGGGCGCAAAUUCUGCGAGAUUUGUAAGGUCUGGUUUGGAGACAAUCGUGCUUCUAUCGAAUUCCAUGAGCGAGGUAAGAAGCACAAAGAUGCAUUGGCUAACAAAAUUCGCGAGCUGGGUAAAAAGCAACGUGAAGAAACGAAAGCGAGGUACUCACUAAACAGCGCUUUGGCUCAAAUGGAAGCAGCAGCAUUGGUUUCUAUGGCCGAACGUGGUGAAGGAAUAUCACAUGGGCCAGCUUUGCCAGCAAGAGGAUUAGCAUCGAAGAUUUUCGAUCCACGUCAGUUUAAAGACGUGACCACUUUUGCGAGGCAAAUGGCCAUGCGUAAAAAUGAGCAUAGAGAGUUGAAAAGGAGUGCACCGCCACCAAUGUCAAGUGCCCCAAUGUCAGCGAAGUACUUCCGGGGAGACUCCUCUGUCAAAGUGGAAUAUCCCUUUCUGAGCAUUCCUGAGACGAAAGUGGAAGUAACUGCUCAUACACCGACAUCAAUGGAUGUAGCUGCUGCUCACGCACCGGCAUCUGCCUCGCAGACAUAUUGGGUUGAAGCUGACUCCCCCGACGGCAGUGGACGGAAAUAUUACUUUCACAUGUAUACCGGAGAAUCUACAUGGGAAAAACCUGAAUCUUUUUUCACUUGGGAGGUCUAUCAAAGCUACAUAUCCGCAUAUCAAACUCCAGCUGCAGGAACGACUACUAGUUCAGAAGAAAUGCAUGCCAGUUCAGCUGCGGUUGAGACGGUACCGGAAACAAAACCCGAAGUGAAGAGUGAAGCUCCAGCCGCGGAGGGAUCACGGGAAAUCGGCGAUAUUCCUCUGCCACAAGUUGAUGACGCUGACGCAGAAGCUAGUGUUGAUGUUAAACAGGAACCCGUUGAACAAGCUUCAGAAGGAGAGCCUCAAAGUGAUUCUGAGGUUCAGAAAUCAACCACAGCUGCUCCCACACCCUGGGAAGUAGUCAAGGAUCCUUAUCCCGCCAAGCCUGUCCCGACAACGCAAGAAGUCUCAACGGGGGGAGAUAGUGUGGAUAAGUUAAUCAAGGCAACACCAUACGGAGGGUGGACGAGGGUGGAGAAAACUGAUAAAGAAAUGUUUCUCUCACCAUUAACUGAGAAAUAUCGAGCUGAGGAAGAGCGACAAAGAAAGGAAACAGAGGCGAGAGAAAAACUUGAGGAAAAACUGGAGCCGGUAGAAUUUACUGAGAAGACAAGCGCCAAUCUGACGAAAAAGGUAAAAGGCCCCAUCGAAUUCAAGAAGAGAACAGCUACCAAAAAUGUCAGACAAAGGACGACGGAGUAA